AUGGCUGCCAUCGACGCUGGGGAUCCAGCAGAAAAUCAAGGAAGGUGUCGUGAAACGAGAGGAUUAAAUACUUGGAGACUGUCCCAACCAGGGCAAGUAGCAGCUGCAGUGAUGGCUGCCAUCGACGCUGGGUACCGGCACUUUGACUGUGCCUACGUGUACCAGAACGAGAAUGAGGUUGGGGAAGGGAUCCAGCAGAAAAUCAAGGAAGGUGUCGUGAAACGAGAGGACCUCUUCGUCGUCAGUAAGCUGUGGAGCACAUUUCAUGAAAAGCCUCUGGUGAAGGGAGCCUGCCAGAAGACUCUUGCAGACCUGAAACUGGAUUACCUGGAUCUCUACCUCAUCCACUGGCCUAUUGGGUUCAAGGCAGGAGAGGAGCUGUUUCCCAAAGAUGACAAAGGCAUGUCAAUAUUCAGCAACACGGACAUUCUACAUACAUGGGAGGCCAUGGAAGAGCUGGUGGAUGCUGGUCUGGUAAAAGCCAUUGGAAUCUCCAACUUUAACCAUGAGCAAAUUGAAAGAAUCUUGAACAAACCAGGACUGAAGUACAAGCCUGCAAAUCUCCAGAUUGAAUGUAAUCCAUACCUUACCCAGGAGAAGCUGAUCAAGUACUGUCAAUCCAAAGGGAUUUCUGUGACAGCAUACAGUCCCCUUGGCUCUCCUGACAGGCCAUGGGCUAAGCCAGAGGAUCCUUCCCUCCUGGAUGACCCCAAGAUCAAAGAGAUUGCAACAAAGCACAAAAAAAGCACAGCCCAGGUUCUCCUUCGCUUCCAGAUCCAGAGAAACGUGAUUGUGAUUCCCAAGUCUGUCACUCCACAGCGCAUUGUGGAGAACUCCAAGGUGUUUGACUUUGAAUUGACUAAAGAGGAGAUGGCAACUAUUUGCAGCUUUAACAGAAACUGGAGAGCAUAUACAAUGAGCACGUCCAAAACUCACAAGGAGUACCCUUUCAAUGCAGAGUACUGA